CUUCACCUUGACGCUGAGGGCAGAGGCACUUCUCUCUGGCAGCUCAGUGACAGGCAGCUCAGGCAGUUCACGCUUGCCUUGGGCACCACGUAGGAUGAGAAUGGAAAGAAGCAGCUCCCCGACUACAUCGUGGAUCAUCAUUGGGCUGUGCAGGUUUGAAAUUGAGUACGAGGGAGACCCAGAGCUACAGCCCAUCUGGAGCUAUGAGAUCGCCAGCUUGGUUUGUGCACUCUUCAGGCUAUUGUCUGCCAUCAACCACAGAGUUCCUGGGGAGUGGUUCCUGCAGCCACAGAAGCAUCUGGAGGAAACAGAACUGAGAAGGCAGGGCAGAUGUGGUGAAGCAAAGAAGUGGCUGCCAGGCUCAACAGCCAUGCUCUGUGACAGCACAGCUCAGUACCGGCUCCUCCCUCCCUCCACCAAGGACUCACGGCCAAGCCAGCUCUCAGGAACUUUUUUCCAGUAUCCAUUUGGGUACUCUGCUGCAUCAAGCUCAGGAGCCAGCUUGCCAGCAGCCCCUCAGGCCUGGCCUGUCCACUGGCUGGUCUUGAGGUGGGCAGAGUGGGUUGUGGUGCCUCCUCUCCCUGUGUGGGACCAGUAUGGUGGCUCAACCUCCACUCUAGGGAAGAAUCAAAGUUUCUAAGAGCCCUGAAAACACUAGAGAGUGGCUCUCUGCUUACACAUCAGAUGCAAAUAAAGAGAGAGUGGCUCUCCUCUGAUUCUUCACUGUGAGUGAGGGGCAUUCAUUCUUCAUGUUCUCCCAGCUGUUCCAAGACUGGGCCAUAGAAUUUCAUGCUUCAGGAGCCUGAGAUUCUCCAGAGCCCGGGUGCUUCACUACAGACUGCAGUCCAUCGAGCACAUCACCCAGAGCAGCAGCCAGCUCGUGCCUUGUCACAGGUGGGUGCUGGUCUUCAGGCGCUGGGGACACUGCUGGGUUGAUGGGGUCAGAUCCUGCCAGUUUCUGCUCUGCAGCCAAAGAUGGUCAGAAGCAUCACAUCUUCACUAACAUCAAGUAUUCAAAACUAUGGAUUCCCUGACAGAAACCAGCAUGGGGUCUCCUACACCUUCAUUCCCCCACAGACACCAGGGAGAACAGCAUCUUGGUGGUGAUUUUCAAACCAAGCCUUUGUUUUCAGCGUGGGGUGGUGGGGAUUUGCUUUAAUGUUUUUCAAACUGUAAAUGUUUUGGGCUUUGUAUUUAGAUAUAAACUCAGAAUAAUGGCAUUUUAGGACUUGUGACCAAAAAUCAAACCAAACUUGUAACUCAACCAUGGAUCUGAAUAAAGUUGUCCUUGCUUCUGAGUCUUCUGGCACCUGGGCUCAGUCUCCAGGAGGUUCACCCCAAAGGGUCUCUGAGCAUGCAGGGGUUGCAGAAAUAGCCAUUGGAUAUUAAUAAUGGCUGAUCAAUAUUUUGUGUAUUUAAAAUGGAGAACUCUAUAAAUAUUUAUUGAGUUUACUUGUUCUGGAUCUGAGUUGAAGUCCUGGAUAUCCUUAUUAAUUUUCUGUCUCGUUGAGUCUAAAUCUCGUUAUGGGUCUUAUGUAUCUGGGUAUCAGGAUCUCUUACUGUUGCAUUGAUCCUUUUACCACUGUAUCUGUGUUGCUUUGAAAUCUAUUUUAUCAAAUGUGAGAAUUGCAACUCCUGCUUUUUGUUUAUUUAUUUGUUUUUGCUCUCCAUUUGGUUGGUAAAUUUUUCUCCAAACCUUUGUUUUGAGUCUUUGUGUAUCUUUGGAUAUACUAUUAGGUUUUGGCUGUAUCUUUUGAUUGGGGGAUUUAGUCGAUUUAAAUUUAGGGUUACUGCCAUUUGAUGUUAACUGGCUAUUUUAUCCAUUCGUUGAUGUAAAUUCUUCUUUAUGUUGAUGCUCUUUGCUUUUUGGUAUGUUUUUAGAAAGGCUCAUACUGGUUUUUUUUUUUUUUCUAUGUAUAAUGCUUCUUUCAGAAGUUCUUGUAAAGCAGGCCUGGUGAUAAUAAAAUCUCUGAGUACUUGCUUGUUCAUAAAAGAUUUUAUUUUUCCUUCAAUUUUGAAGCUUAGUUUGGCAGGAUAUGAGAUUCUAGGCUGAAAGUUCUGUUCUUUAAGUAUGUUGAAUAUUGGCCCCCACUCUCUUCUGGCUUAUAGGGUUUCCGCUGAGAGAUCUGCUGUAAGUCUAAUAGGCUUCCCUUUAUGGGUAACCUGGUCUUUCUCUCUGGCUGCCCUUAGUAUUUUCUCCUUCGUUUCGAUCCUGGUGAAUCUAACGAUUAUGUGCCUUGGGGUUGCUCUUCUUGAGGAAUAUCUUUGUGGUGGUCUCUGUAUUACCUGGGGUUGAAUAGUGUCCUGCUCUGCUAGAUUGGGAAAAUUUUCCUGGAUAAUAUCCUGAAAAGUAUUUUCCAGCUUGGAUUCAUUCUCUCCAUCACAUUCAGAUACACCAGUCAAAUGUAGAUUGGGUCUUUUCACAUAGUCCCAUAUUUCUUGGAGACUUUGCUCAUUCCUUUUCAUCCUUUUUUCUCUAUUCUUGUCUUGUCGUUUUAUUUCAUUAAGUUGGUUUUUGACCUCUGAUGAUAUCCUUUUUUCUGCUUGAUCCAUUCUGCUAUUUAAACUUGUGCAUAUUUCACUAAGUUCUCGUGUUGUAUUUUUCAACUCCUUUAGUUCAUUUAUAUUCCUCUCUAUAUUGUCUAUUCUUUUCAGCAUUUCAUCAAACCUUUUUUCAAAGUUCUUAGUUUCUUUACAUUGGGUUAGAACAAGUUCUUUUAAAUACCUUUUUUAAAGAUAGGAAUUUUGGAUGAUCCUCCAUUCUUCUCCAGACUAAAAGAAAAACAUUUUUAUCAUUAUUAAAAUAAAUACAUAAUGCACCCAGAAAAAAUAUAUGAAGAAAUAAUGGUACCAGGUUUAAUGCCUAAUGACCUAAUUCAUACAUGUUACCUCCACUAACUGCAUGUUACAUGUAAGUAUUUUAUAUUCAGUCACUUAUUUACUCAUUUACUCUAAGCAUUUGGAACAUUAAAUCUGCUUGAAGUGAUCAGGGGAAGUGUUACGGAAGAAGAGACUUCAGCUGGGUUUUGAAGAAGAUAGGUCUGAAAAAGGGGUAUAUUUUUCUACUUCCCACGAAGUCAUCCCAUGGGCUAGCCGUGGGAGUCACUGUGUAAAAUACUACUUACAUUAUUUGUUGUAAUUUUUUGAACCAGUGAAAAUAAUUUAGCAUUAUCAAUUACAACAGUUAUAAUAUAGGUUCCUUGGCUUAUCAUAAAAUUAGGUCACCCGUUUCAGACUUUCAGUUUUUUUAAACAAAGUAGAUCCAAAGAUGUACUCAUCAUUCUCUGUACUUAAAAUUGCUGGAGAAUCUAUGUUUGUACAUGGUUAUCUACAAUCAUAGAUAACCAUGAUGCUCUAUUGGAUCCUAUUCUUUUCCAUUAUCAUAGAGUUAAUCAUGUAUUUUGAGUAGUUCUAUUUCCUAUGUAUGAAUAUCACUACUUGCAGAGAAAACUUGUAAUUCAAUUCCAUUUACAGAACAGAUAAUUUACCCAUAGUAAAGAGAUUCUCCUCUCUUCCUCUUUAGGGGGGACUUAAGUUUGUGAUGAAACCACAACAGUGAGUUGAAAUCCUCUGAAUUAAGUCCCUGGAAAACUUCACCAUAAUUUUAACCACUAAGCCUAACUUAGCCCUGUUUCUACCCUGGGAAUUUGGCCUAGUCUAGAAGACCCAUUUGAUGCUAAGGUCGGGGUGAUGCUCUUGUCUCAGAACUGUCAAAUGUACCCCUAGUCUACUAAAAAGUGACUUCUUGAAUCAGAUGUGGUGGUCACCAGUCUCCCAAAAACUUCCUAAAAUAUGAAUAAUCCUGGCCAGAGAGGAUCUUCAAGAUCUAGGUGUAUUCUUGUCUGCACCCACAACUCUGGUGCUAAGUUGCAAUUAAAACAGGUUUUGGCAAUGGCCAUUUAGAAUAAAGUUUAUCCUCUGCUAUAUAGAAGAUAUAUUCAUAUAAAGAAUAGUUCCUCUUGUUUGCUCUUACUAAACCUCCUUAAAGUUUCCUCUAUCAAUAAUUUGACUACUGCGACUUCUAAUAUAGGACCAUACCUUAUGGGAGGAAGUUUCACCAUUUGUUGCAUUUGAAAUUCCUUCAAAAAUGCUGGGUUAAUACUCGCAUCUCUGCUGAUAUUAUUUUUUAAUACAAAUGAACUGAUUAGGUUUAUCCCUGCAUUCCUUUAAUAGGAUGCGGAAAGCAUUUGCACUAUAUGUUAGGUAGCCAAGAGCAGUGGAACAAGCUGAAUGAACCUAAAUGAAGAAACAUUUCUUUCUUAACCAAUGGGCUUUGUUCUUAAAAUAUCUUAGUGAUCUAAUUAGCUACUGCAUAGGAAAGUCUCUGUAAGGGAGGGAGCAAGUGUAAGCAAAUAUGUAUGCAAACAAAUGGCAAUGUAUAGAUGGAAGCUUAACAGUCAUAUUUUUACCAAGAGCUGUCAACUGCCAUUGAUUUCUGUUAGUUCUCAAUCUUAACUACAUUUUAGAACCUUUCAGAAUUUUUUUUUUUUAAAGCCCACCAAAUAAAUCAAAAUGUUUUGAGGGUAGAAUCUGGGCUUUUUUCCUUCUUUUUUUACGGUGUGACAGGUAAUUCUAAUGUACUGCCCAAGAAAGAACCUUUGAGUUUGAACUAAGGCAGUGGAGCACAACCCUGACAGUCCAUUAGCAUCACCCAUAUAACUGACAGUUAUGCCUGGGUUCCACCCCUAGAAACUCUUAUUUAAUUAUUUUGUUUAUAGUUCUCACAGAAAUAGGACCAGAUACUUUGACUGGAGAAUAGCUAAGUGGUACAUGUAGGAAACCUGAACUCUUGGCAACAGAAAUCUUAGGGAAAGCAACUCAUUUAUUUACUUAUUACUUUUUUUUUUUUUAACAUUUAGAUGUUACUAAAGCAACUCACUUUUCCACUGUUCAAAACAAAGAAAGAAGCGCAAGUAUCAGACCACAGGACUCUAGAAAAAAAUAGUUCUUUGAGGAAAAUUCCCUCUGUCUAUGACCCAUAGGUUGGUCAUAAGACUAAUUAAGUAAAGUAUGCUCCUGGGCAGUUGUUAUGGAAUAUGAUAGGUGGUAGCAUAAAAAGUUUCAUCAAGUAAACAUAUUGGUCUUUAUGUUGGCAUCCAGUUGCUCUGUAUGCUCAUAUGUCUUCUACACCUUGAACCCUGGACCUGCAGUUCAGCUGCUGGGAACUUGUUAGAAAUGCAAAUUCUAGGGCCCACCUCAAAUGUACUGGCUCAGAAACUCCAGGAAUGGGGCCAAGCAAUCUAACAGGCCCACCAGGUGAUUCUGAUACACUCUAAAGGUGGAGUAACACUGCUUUAGACCUUAGUGGAAGAGAGUUGGGGAACACUCAGAGGCAAGCCACUGCUGUGACCAGCACAGCCUCUUACACACACCCUUACAUCUAACCCUGCUUGGCACAUAAGGAAAACUAUCCUAUGUAUUCCAUUUUCAUUCAUUUCAAAUCAUAGAAAUGACUUAGAUCAGAGUCAUCUGUUUUUGUUACUUGACAAACAUUUUAAUUAUAAAUUUCUUUGUCAUCAAUGUAUUUAUAAAUUGACUCUUAAUUCCAGCAUUUAGA